GAGAACUAGUCCCUGCGGCGGAGGAGGAGCGGUGACGCACUCUGCGGAGCCGUCUGCCCUUCUGACGUCAGCGCGGUGCGUGAAUCUGAUUGGUCCUCAGCGACCCCUGGGCGUCCGAGGAGAUCGCGACUGUAAAAAACGCAGAAAAAAAAAAAACAGAAGACCGUAAAAACUCCCGACAAAUGACUGUUUACCACGGAUGGUUAUGGCAGCAGUUGGACGUCGUAGCUGGUUUGCUCUCCCUCAGUAGCCGGUUCGGAGAAAAGCAGAGGCACAAAUCUCUGAGGAUUAACGCAGAGGCGGGGUGGGAAAAAAUAGAAUAACCGGAUUACCCACUCGCUGAGAAAAGGGAAAACAAGCGACGCUUCGUGGACAUUUCUCCGUCUACCGAGGAUGAGGUGACCGCCAGGGAACGGAGGAAAAGUGAUCAUAGUCGAAGUUGGAUACGGGGGAGGAAACGGACUCUGGUGCUGGGUGGAUAUUUAGAUGAUGUCGUGUAAACUUUGGCGUUUUAACGCGGCGCUGUAGGAGCCGGAUUUCAGGCAGAAAAGGGCAAAUUCUCCUCUGGGUAAACCUCGUAUAGUUGAACCAGAGCCCGAUCGUGAUUCGGUUCACCGGGUAUUAACACCAAGAAGAUCGGUUACUGGUGCCGAUGCCAACGGCAGACUGCAGGUUGCUCCAUCAUGGCCGGAUCAUGAGGUGUCUGACUUAUCUACUCCUACUUCCAGAAACGCUGAAAAAGUCCAAGAAGGUCGGCAGGCUCCCGGGCAGGCUGCCGGUAUGUUAUGAGAUCCUGACUCUGUCCCUGACGAGCAAGAAGCAGCAGCAGAAGAAGAUGGCUGCGGAGUUGUACCCCGCCGCCAACACCAACAACACCAACCUGGCCAACGGCACUACGGUGGCGGACACCGAGAAGACGAAGAAGGUGCAGGUGUGCCAGGCCAGCUGCAGCAGCACGGCGACCACCCCGACCACCCAGCAAAACAUCAACAACAACAACGUAGACCCACCCAGCUGGCAGUGCAGCCACCCCACACUGAGAGAGAGGAACGCCUUGAUGUUUAACAAUGAGCUGAUGGCUGAUGUCCACUUCAUUGUUGGCCCCUUGGGGGCAUCGCAGAGGGUUCCAGCACACAAGUAUGUGCUGGCCGUGGGAAGCUCCGUCUUCUGUGCCAUGUUUUACGGCGAUCUGGCAGAGGAGGAGUCUGAGAUCCAUAUCCCAGAUGUGGAACCUGCUGCUUUUCUAAUUCUGCUGAAGUACUUGUACAGUGAUGAGAUUGACCUGGAGGCAGACACGGUGCUGGCCACCCUGUAUGCUGCCAAGAAGUACAUUGUCCCUGCACUGGCCAAGGCCUGCGUCACCUUCCUGGAAACUAGCCUGGAGGCCAAGAACGCCUGCGUGUUGCUCUCCCAGAGCCGCCUGUUCGAGGAGCCCGAGCUGACGCAGCGUUGCUGGGAGGUCAUCGACGCUCAGGCUGAGCUUGCGCUGUGCUCCGAGGGCUUCUGUGAGAUCGACCUGCAGACGCUGGAGAUCAUCCUGAGGAGGGAGACACUCAACACCAAGGAGGUGGUGGUGUUUGAGGCCGUUAUGAACUGGGCCACAGCUGAGUGCAACAGACAAGGUUUGGGUCCCACCACCCGCAACAGGAGAGAAGUCCUGGGCAAGGCUCUGUUCUUAGUGCGCAUCCCCACCAUGAGCCUGGAGGAGUUUGCUAACGGGGCAGCACAGUCCGAUAUCCUGACUCUGGAGGAGACGCACAACGUGUUCCUGUGGUACACGGCAGCUAAGAAACCCCAGCUGGACUUCCCUCUGACUGCGAGGAAGGGUCUGGCACCUCAGAGGUGCCACCGUUUCCAGUCCUCGGCCUAUCGGAGCAAUCAGUGGCGCUACCGCGGCCGGUGCGACAGCAUCCAGUUUGCGGUGGACAAGAGGAUCUUUAUCGCCGGUUUGGGACUGUACGGGUCAAGCGGCAGCAAAGCCGAGUACAGUGUCAAAAUUGAACUCAAGAGACAAGGGGUGAUCCUGGCGCAGAACCUGACAAAGUUUGUGUCGGACGGGUCGAGCAGUACAUUUUCGGUGUGGUUCGAGCAUCCUGUUCAGGUAGAGCAGGACGCAUUCUACACUGUAAGCGCCGUGCUGGACGGGAAUGAGCUGAGCUAUUUUGGCCAGGAGGGCAUGACGGAGGUGCAGUGCGGAAAGGUGACAUUUCAAUUCCAAUGCUCCUCCGACAGCACCAAUGGGACCGGAGUACAGGGAGGACAGAUCCCCGAGCUUGUGUUCUAUGCAUAAGCUGCUGUGGACCGUGGGUGGAGAAUCCAGCUGAUCGUCCCGGCCUUCGAAGUAAUGUAGCAGUAAAGACACUGAGUAAUGUCACACUAAAUGACCUGGUUAGUUCUUUGAGAGACUAUUUUAAAAGAGAAGGAGCCGUUUUAUCUUAUUUAAUUUAAUAUUUUUAUUUAAAUACUGGGUUAACAUUAUUUGCUCCGAUGCUGUGUUUGAGAGCUGCGGCUGCUGUAGAAACAACAUUAAUACAGUGAUUUGUGGUUAUGUAACCAAGCUGAGCUCCACAACUGGAACACACAGGAACUGCUUUGUGUAAUUGCAAGUCUAUAUACAAUGUUGUUGCUAUAGUCCAAGCAGUAAGAUUACACCAGGAGCAAACGUGAUGUAGUGGUAUGGUUCUAAAUGCAAAAAAGGAAAUCCUGUCAACAAGCAGUUGUUUUGCACUUCAGAGGACGGCCUGAGAAACACUGUCUCUUUUGUAAAGUCCAAUUUAACUGUUAACAGCUUGAUGCUGUUGAAGACCAGAUGUGUUCUGUACAAGAAUACUUAUUCACCUGACGACAAAACAUAAAGGUUAUAAUGUGAUUGAA